AUCUCCGGCACAGUGAUGACCCGGGAGGAUGGAGAAGUUGUCGGCGAGCUUGUCGGAGAUCUCCUGGAGCCCGCUCGCGCUGCCUUUGGACGCGGUGGUCAGCAAGUUCCGUUUGCCCACUCUGGUCCGAUUGGCCCACGGUGAAUGUGUCGACGGUUUGUCAGAGGAGGAUGUGGUUCUGCUCCACUCCUGUCGUCAGUGGACCACAGUGACUGCUCAUAGCCUAGAAGAAGGUCAUUACGUCAUCGGGCCCAAGAUUGACAUCCCUCUACAGUACCAAGGAAAGUUCAAAUUGUUGGAUGAAGACAGAGACAUCAGGGAUCCCAUCCAGUAUUUCUCAAGUGUGGAAGAAGUUGCUGGAGUGUUCCCCGACCGAGUCUUUGUCAUGGAAACAAUCACUUUCAGCGUCAAGGUGGUUUCAGGGGAGUUCAGCGAGGACAGUGAGCCCUACAGCUUCACUCUGCAGGCUGGAGAUGAGCUGUCACUCAUGGGGAAGGCCGAGCUUCUAUGUGCCACGCCGACGAAGGAAAAGACAGGACUGAGUGCGCUGUUGAGACGACUGGGAAAGACUCCCCGAAGUAAAACUCCCUGCCUGGUUUGUAUGAACCAUCGCACCAAUCAGAGCGUCAGCUUGCCCUUUGCCUGCCGUGGACGCUUUUGCACACGCUCCCCUUUGGAGCAAGGCAUGCUGGGCGGAGAGCACACGGUGCGCAGCAUCAUCGAGAGGGUCCGCCUCCCGGUCAACGUGUCGGUACCGUCGCGCCCGCCGCGAAACCCCUACGAUCGCCACGCGGUACGAGAAGGCCACCGCUUCAAGCUGCUCAAUAUCGUUAGCAAGACGGUGGUGCUCUGUAUGGUACUUCGCCGACAGGAAGUGUCGCCCUCCCACUUCCUGCUGCUACGCUGCAUGCCCCGCUUCAACGUGGCCGAGGCCUCCAUGCAGAGGGCGGCCCUGGAGAGCCUACUUUUACGAUACGCCUUUGACCCCGACGCCUACUCUCGAGCUGUGAGGGAAACCCGUCCCGAGUUGGAGUGUAUGACGGAGGAGUGUGUGAGCCCCCGACGCUCGUGUGUGUCGGCGCAGGACUCGUUGGCGCCCGCCCUGCAACAGCUGUCAAUGUGCGGCUACGGGGGCGGGGUCUCGGACAGCCUAUCGCAGCGCUGCGGGGACUCUCUCGGGGUCCAGAUUGGGGAGGGACCCGGUGAGGAAAGAGAAUAUGUGACCCCUGAGUGGACGGAGGGUGAAAUGAGGCCCACUGAGGAGAUACCUUAUGAGGAGCUUUGGACCAAUCAGAAUACGGACGGCCUAGGAAAGGAAGCAAAUCUCAUUACCUUCCAUUCAUCUGCCUCACUGGAAGGCUCCUUGGGCACCGUGGUGACAACUGUGGCAGCUCCACCGCCCGUACCUCCAAAAUCUGAUGCUGUGCGAGAAGAGUGUCGCUACUUGAUUGCUCCUCCGGUCCCUCCUCGCGGCUCUAAACUGGGAUCCAUCUCCAGCCCGGCCCCCAGCCCUCCUGUCCCUCCACGUUUCGCCAAGACCUCCACCUCCCCCAGACCUAAUAUUUCCUUCUACUCCUCAGGACUGCAGGACAGCUGCUCGCACUCUCCAGAUCCUUCCCUCUACUGUUACCCAUGUUCCUGGGCUGACUGCCCCGCCCCCAAUCCCGAGCCGGUCUCCAUCAUCCCCGCCGACGCUACGACCGACCCUCAGAAGGCACAAGCCGCCUGGGCCGAGCCGUGGGUGGACUGCUUCACCGCCGGGCCUCGACUGAGAGCUCCGCCCCCGCAAAGUCGUUUUGCACCUUUUGGUGCUUUGAACCCUUUCAACCGCCAGUCACCUUGCCCGUCACCUGAGCUGGCAGACAGUCCGGAAUCCUCCAGAGGAGCGGAAGGAGGCGGGACGAGCACGGGGGUGAACGAAGGCUCGGCCGUACCCGCCGACUCGACUUGGCGUCCUCCCGCUGAUUUGUCUGCGCUUUCAUUGGAGGAAGUAUCGGCCUGUCUGCGCUUCAUCGGUCUGUCGGAGGCCGCGGUGUCCGUAUUCCAGAGGGAGCGAAUCGACGGCAGCCUCUUGGUUCAGCUGACCGAGGACAUCCUGUCACAUGACUUUCACCUGAGCCGACUCCAUGUCACUAAGAUCACCCAGUUUAUACAAGGGUGGAGACCCAAGAUCUAACUCGCAAACACGACUUCCGUGAAUCCUAAAUGUGCCUUCCACGGUGAAGGUGAGAGUUGAACGAAAACCUCUCCCACCAACUCAGCCUCAGACACAUCGGCUGUCACAUGCAGACUUGUUUCUAAUCCAAAUUCCAGACUGAAAAUGAUUUACUGCAGCGAUCAUUUUUAUAAUGAAAGAAAUCUUUGUUUCUUUCCCUCUUUGGAUAACACACACUGUUGUUUUGUUUGUAGUGUGCAAAUUUUGACUGCCUCAAAAAAGAUAGUUUCUAAAAUGUACCUCAGAUCACUUUGAAAUGCUUCAUUUAGCCAUGCAUAAAUAAAUUAAAUCAUGCUUGAUGAUACUGUAUGUUCACAAUUUCCCUUCAUCAGCAAAUGCAACGAUGUAUUGAACACGAUGCUUUUGUCUCACUCAAAUGUAUUAUUUUAAGAUUAAAGAUAAUGACGUGGUUAUCGG